GCCAGUGUGUAAAAUCGCUGCCAGUUCGUCUUCCUCCAGAAAAACCCUCUUUUCCGCCCAGCCUAGGGUUCUUCCUUCCCGACGCGCCGCCGCCGUCUCGCCGCCCCGACUCGCAUCUGCCCACCCAGAUUUACGGCUCCAAUUGGCGCCCAUGGCGGAAGAAACCAAUGUAAAGAAGGAGGAAGAGGAGUUCAGCACCGGUCCUCUCUCAGUGCUCAUGAUGAGCGUCAAGAACAAUACUCAGGUUCUUAUCAACUGCCGGAACAACAAGAAGCUGCUUGGUCGCGUGAGAGCCUUUGAUCGGCAUUGCAACAUGGUUCUCGAGAAUGUUAGGGAGAUGUGGACUGAGGUACCAAAGACCGGUAAAGGCAAGAAGAAGGCUCUUCCGGUGAACAAAGAUAGGUUCAUAAGCAAGAUGUUCCUCCGUGGGGAUUCGGUCAUCAUUGUUCUCAGGAACCCGAACUGAGUUAUCUUGUACACGUGGAGAGUCUAUGUGCCAGUACGUUGCUAUAGAGUAGUAUGUAUGCCAGAUGCUCAAAACAUGUGAGUGUAAGAUGUGACAUUUCCUGAACCAGAAUUUGCUAUGUAUGUUGAUGGUGGAGGAUUUUACUUGAGGCAGGAUGGUAGGACUUGGUUUUACCUCUUGUGGAUGACUUGAACUGGAUGUUUCUUUGAAGUAGUAACAACACCACUGCAUGAAUCAUUGGUUCCAA